CUCCACAUUUCCUUGUAUGUUUGUCAUGUUUGCUAGUCAAGCGAGUGUUCGUCACUUUUGUCCUUCUGUACGGGAUUAAAAGUGGCAAACAUCUUUUUAUUUUGCACUGACAUCAUGAACUUGCUUUUAUUCUUUCUUCUGGCCGUGCAAAUACACAGCGUGGCGCCUGUGGUUCACACGCUGAAGUAUUUCGACACUGCGUCCUCUCAAGUUCCAAACUUCCCAGAGUUUGUGAGUGUUGGUUAUGUUGAUGAAGUUCAGGUUGUUCGCUAUGACAGCAACAGCAGGAGAGCAGAAGCCAAACAGGACUGGAUGAACAAAAUCACAGCAGAGGAUCCACAUUACUGGCAGAUACAGACAGAGAAAAAUGUUGUUAGUGAGCAGGUCAACAAAAACAACAUUGAAGUUCUUAAGAAGCUUUUCAACCAAACUGGAGGUGUUCACGUUGUCCAGUGGAUGUCUGCAUGUGAAUGGGAUGAUGAGACUGAUGAGGUUCAUGGUUGGCAUCAGAUAAGUUAUGAUGGAGAAGACUUCAUAUCGUUGGACAUGAAGACAUGGACAUAUACCGCAGCAAAACAACAAGCUUUCCCCAACAAACUCAAGUUGGACCAGAACAAACCUCAACUAGACCACCAUAAGUAUUACUAUACUGAGGUGUGUCCUUCUUACCUGAAGAAGUAUGUGAACUAUGGGAGGGACGUCCUUAUGAGAACAGAGCUUCCAGAGGUGUACCUCCUCCAGAAGACGCCGUCCUCUCCGGUCAGCUGCUUGGCGACGGGUUUCUACCCCGACAGAGCCGACCUGUUUUGGAGGAAAGACGGCGAGGAGCUCCACGAGGACGUGGAGCACGGAGAGAUGCUCCCCAACCACGACGGAACCUUCCAGAUGUCGUCGGACCUGAAAGUGGAGGUGACGGCCGACGUGGAGGGCAAGUACGAAUGUGUGUUUCAGCUGUCUGGCGUGGAGGAGGACAUCGUCACCAAGCUGGAGAGAAGAAGCAUCCUGAGCAACGCCAGCCAUGAAGACAACUUGAGCGUCGCCGUGGCAGCGACGGUCCUCCUGGCGGCCGUCGUCGUCAUCGUCAUCGUCGUCGUCAAGCGUCACAGAAACAGACGAGGUGAGGGACGCCCAUGUUCUCUGUCUUCUUCUUCUUCUUCUCGCCGAUUACCGUCCGGCCGGUCGUCCGACAGCCGGCGACGGCGGUGCCGAGCUCUCAGAAGAUGACGGCUGAAGGCUGAGUUGGCGACAAACAAAAAGACAUUUCGGAAAGAGUUGG